CUACAAGUGAAACAGCUGAUGCCUUGGACAUUUUAUUAGUAAAUAAAAAUGUCGGAUAAUAAUUGUUGAUCAUUUGUGUUGGUUUUUGUGUUGUGUGCGCCGUUUGAGUAUGGCAAAAAUUAGCUUGAUUGAAUAAUAAAGCAAUAAAUAGUCAAAUAAUAGUGAAAAGGUCCAAACCAAAGAGUACACCGACCCAUUGCAGCUUCUUUUGUAAACGUCGACAAAAUUUUGAAUGAAUUUUGUAUAUAUUUGUGUGUGCGAAAUGGAAUUGUAAAUUUUUGUUAAAACAAAGAGCAACACGCCAUUCAUUUUACUGUGCCGAGAGACACACACCUAUACGGACAAUUAUUUACACAUAUCGGAGAUGGGUUUCAUUCUCAGCUGAAACAAUACUACAAAAAUGAAAUGAUAAAACACAAUCUCCUUGUCUUAACAACACCUAAAUUUAGUGCUACUACAUUCUUUGUUCACAUCAACUGUAGACAUGAUAAGAAAUCGAGUCUGGCUUGCAAUAACUAAAGCAAAUACAUAAAUUCGAAAGCAGAAACGUUUCAGUUGGUAAAAUCAACAUGAGAGCAAUUCAAUUUAUCCGCAAUUAGUGUCACCGUACCGCUAUCGUCCACACAACAUAAUGGGAAAGUUAUUCAAAAUUAACAAGUCUUUUCUGCCGAUAAAGGCUCACUACUUCUUCUUCAUGGCCGCAAUCGGUCCAAUUCUACCACAAUUACCGGUGAUCGGAAAGCAGCUUGGAAUUUCUGCAGAUAUAAUGGGCCUGAUUACUUCUGUUCUUCCCAUUUUAUAUAUUCUAGCAAAACCGGCUGUCGGUUACUUGAUGGACUAUUUUACUAGUAUUCGCAAGAUCAUAUUCAUAGCAAUUAUACUAAUCAUGACUCUAAGCUAUGCUGGUUUCUACAUAGUCCCCUCACAGCCUGCACACAAAGUACCCAUUCAAGCGAAUUAUAAUUUUUCGUCCAUUAAUUCGACGGAAACUUGCAAUGACAUUGAGUUUUAUACCAAAGACAAACUCUGCAAUGACUACAGACCAGUUAAAUGCAGAUGCGAAAUGGAUUACAUUGCAGGAUUUUUAUCGUCCAACAGUGAAAUCAUAACCAAUAUUCAAGAAGAAACAGACAACAUUUCAGCCACAUCACGAACGCCAUUUACAGACAAUCAACUGUUUCAAGUGUGCCUUAAUCACAUCGACCAAAUUAGCAACACAACCUGCCAGUUAGCUUGUCACAUAGACGAAGCGUCCGUACCGGAUUGUGUAACUGGAACGGCAACAUUUUGGAUGUUUGUGUUUUGUAUGUGUUUGGGAACGAUUUGCUUUAAUUGCACCAACAGUGCCACUGAUGCAACCUGUUUUGAUAUCUUAGGCGAUGAUACUAUGAAAUAUGGAGCACAGAGAGUAUGGGGAACGAUUGGAUUUGGUAUUUCAGCGUUGAUUGCUGGAGUCGCUGUACAAGUGUACAGCUCUCUCGGUCUAGAUACACUAGCUCCGCCGUUAUUCAUAAUGUUGGUGUUCAGCAGUUUUGACGUGAUUAGCGUCAAUUGGCUGGAACUGCCGAAUAUGUCUUCGUCAGAAUCCAUUUACAGGGACGUGAUAAAAUUGCUGCGGCACAAAAGAAUCGCCAUAUUUUUAGUCUUUGCCACUUUGGCUGGCAUUUUGGACUCGUUUAUAAUCUACUUCAUGUUCUGGCAUCUGGAAAAUGUGGCCCAGGAGACCGGUUUCAUGGAAUCGAUAAAAUUAAUUGAAGGCUGCGUUGUAGCAGCCGAAUGCUUGGGAGGGGAAAUUUUAUUUUUCCUAAUUUCCGGGAAAAUUCUGAAGAAAAUUGGUUACGUUCAUUGCUUGAGUUUCUGCUUUCUCAUGUACUCACUUCGAUUGGGCCUGAUUUCGUUGCUGUCGAAUCCAUGGCAUUUGGUCGUAAUUGAGUUUUUUAUGCAGGGAUGUUCGUAUGCUCUGUGUUACACAUGCAUUGUUGCCUAUGCCAGUGCUAUUGCACCGCCGGGAACAACAGCCACUGUUCAGGGACUUGUGGCUGGAAUGGACGAUGGAAUCGGUUUUGCAAUCGGUUCAUUGAUUGGUGGUCAAAUGUUUCAGAGACUGGGCGGCGCCAUAAGUUUCCGAAUAUUUUCGAUAGCAGCAUUCAUCAUAUGCAUCGCUCAUUACUAUUUGCGUCCAUCAACGAAAUUCGACAAACAUGAAGCUAAAGGGGGAUAUGCAGUACCUGUCGAUGAAGUAAAAUUCGAUACGUCACACUCAUAAUAAUGAGACUUUGUCUUAAGAUAAUUUGUUUUUUAGAUAAAUUUCGUAAAUAAAUUUUAUUUUUCUGUAAA